AUGAAUGAAUUUUGUGUUAUAAGAAACGAUGAUGAAGGAAUAUAUUUUGCAAGUAACUCUAAAGAUUUUACAGGUUCAGAUAAAUCAACAAAAAUAUGUACACAAGAGGAAUCCAACAAUGAUGAUAUAAUUAUUUUUAACAAUUUUGAUGGAAUUCGUGAGGAGAAGGAAUUAAAUGAAAAUAUUAUUUGUGUAUAUGGAAAUACUUUUAAAAAAACCCAAAGAAUUAUUAAUGAUGAAGGAUACGUUGUGAAUGAAAGAUGUAAGUCUGCUUAUAUUCUCAAAAUUAAUGAAAUUAAUUUAAAAUACAUUCUUCGAGUUACGGCUGAUUGUUGCUCAUUUUUGUGUGCUGUUGGAAUUUGGGGAAUUUUAGAGGAUAUUUUACGUAUACUAUCAAAUGAGAAUUUUUAUGCUAAACUUUACUAUUAUAUAAUUUUCACUAUUCUUUUUAUGUCCUUCACGUGCUCAUUUAAUUUAUACCUUUCAAAGAGUGAACAAAGAAGUGGAUACAAUUGUGAAGACAUGGAAAGUCACGUAUGA